CCCGCGCCACGCUAAUCACAAAACCAAACAUCCAAAUCCAAACCAUACCAGCCAAGCACCAUGCCCGCCCUCGCCUGGUUUCUGCAGCGAGGGUCAAGCGUUCGUGACGCAACGGACACAGGCAUGGCGGCCUCCGGUCACACGGUGAUCGACAUCGACGCCGCCGAUGACGAGCCGGCGAAGACGCCGCUCGCGCCUGUCCCCUACGUGCUCAGCUUCGCCGACCUCUCGUACAGCGUCAACAAGGGCGGCGGGCUCGCCGGCUGCUGCCUGGCGCCCCGCGCCAGCAGCCGCCUGGUGGCGUCGGCGGACGCGCCCCCGCCGCCGUCGGGGUCCAGGCGCGCCAAGACGCUGCUCGACGGCGUCUCCGGCGAGGCGUGCGCGGGCGAGCUGCUCGCCGUGAUGGGCGCCAGCGGCUCCGGCAAGUCCACGCUGCUGGACGCGCUGGCGGGGCGGAUCGCGCGCGAGAGCCUCCGCGGGAGCGUCACGCUCAACGGGGAGCCGCUCCACGGCCGCCGGCUCCGCGCCAUCUCCGGCCACGUCAUGCAGGACGACCUGCUGUACCCGAUGCUGACGGUCCGCGAGACGCUGCGCUUCGCCGCCGAGUUCCGCCUCCCGCGCGCGCUGUCGCAGGAGAAGAAACACGCGCGCGUGGACGCGCUCAUCGACCAGCUCGGCCUGUCCCGGUCCGCGGACACCAUCAUCGGCGACGAGGGCCACCGCGGGGUGUCCGGCGGCGAGCGUCGCCGCGUGUCCAUCGGGACGGACAUCAUCCACGACCCCAUCCUGCUGUUCCUGGACGAGCCCACCUCCGGGCUGGACUCGGCCAGCGCCUUCAUGGUGGUACAGGUUCUCCGCCGCAUCGCACAGAGCGGCAGCGUGGUGAUCAUGACGAUCCACCAGCCCAGCGCGCGCAUCCUCAGUAUCCUCGACCGCCUGCUCCUGCUCUCGCGCGGGCGUACUGUCUACGCUGGCACGCCCGCCGGCCUAAAGCCCUUCUUCGCCGAGUUCGGCAUGCCCAUGCCGGAUAACGAGAACCCCGCCGAGUUCGCGCUCGACACCAUCCGAGAGUUCGAGCGCCAGCCAGACGGCGCCGCCGCGCUCGCCGAUGCCAAUGCCAACAGGAUGAAGGCGAACAUCAAGCUUGUGAGCACGAUGCCUCUGGAGCUCGCCAUCGCCGAGAGCGUGUCUCGGGGGAAGCUGGUCGCCGGGAGCGGUUCGGGGAGCGCGUCAAGGGGGACGGUGCCGAUGUUCGCGAACCCGGCGUGGAUGGAGGUGUGGGUUCUGAUGAAGCGGUCCUUCACAAACACGGCGCGCAUGCCGGAGCUGUUCGCCAUGCGGCUGGGAACAAUAAUGGUGACGGGCUUCAUCCUUGCCACCAUCUUCUGGCGCCUGGACGACACGCCCAAGGGUGUGCAGGAGCGGCUGGGCUUCUUCGCCAUGGCCAUGUCGACCAUGUUUUACGUGUGCGCCGACGCGCUGCCUGUCUUCGUGCAGGAGCGCCACAUCUACCUCCGCGAGACGGCGCACAAUGCCUACCGCCGCAUCUCCUACGUGCUCGCCAACGCCGUCGUCGCCUUCCCGCCGCUCGUGCUCCUCUCCCUCGCCUUCGCGCUCAUCACCUUCUGGGCAGUGGGGCUUGCCGGCGGCGCCUCGUCGUUCCUCUUCUUCGUGCUGAUCAUCCUGGCCUCCUUCUGGGCGGGCAGCGGCUUCGUCACGUUUCUCUCCGCGGUGGUGCCGCACGUCAUGUUGGGGUACACGGUGGUUGUGGCCAUCCUGGCCUACUUCCUCCUUUUCUCCGGUUUCUUCAUCAACCGCGACCGCAUCCCCGAGUACUGGACGUGGUUCCACUACUUGUCCCUAGUGAAGUACCCAUACCAGGCCGUGCUCCAGAACGAGUUCAGCGACGCGUCGCGCUGCUUCUCCCGUGGCAUCGAGAUGUUCGACGGUAGCCCUAUCGGGCAUCUCCCAGAGGCAGUCAAGCUGAGGGUGUUGGACGCCAUCAGCACAACGCUGGGCAUGAACGUCACCUCGAACACCUGCGUCACCACUGGCCCCGACAUCCUACAGCAGCAGGCCGUCACCGACAUAGGCAUGUGGGAGUGCCUGCUGAUCACCGUGGCCUGGGGCUUCUUGUUCAGGGCGCUGUUCUAUGUGGUCUUACUUGUUGGCAGCAAGAACAAGCGGAAGUAAUCCAGAAAUAGUAGUUGGGGAACAAGCAAGACCACUUAGAUUGCAGUAAAUGGAAGCACUUUUAUGUUGUCUUGCUCGUCAUCAGCAAGAACAAAACUGCAGGAGGAAAUGAACUAGCAGUCAACUGUGUUUAUUUCUUUUCCAGCAAUAUUUAUUCAUUCUUAAACAUGUAUCCUGGUUUAACUGAUUAGUUCUUGUGAUUGUACUAUAAUGAGUUGACUUUCCAGAAACAAAGCUGAAAAUGUUUAUAUGCAA